GAAAUGCGAAUUUAUCGAAGAGGGAAAUCACUACAACAGGCUACCAGCAUAGUUGGUGAAACACCGGUGGCAAAUACUCCGUCGAUGCGGUAAAACGGGGACGCACUGCUUUCUAUUUCAAGACCACGCUGAGUCAGGUAGUUUUUGUGACUUGGAAUAACUCAAACCAACGCUCUGGCGGAUAGGGACGGUUUUGAAAAAUCGGAUGAUACAAACCACAACAAUGGAUUGCUCACCAGACCACUGUGACAGAAUUGAUCCUGACAUGUCAAUAACUGUGCAACAGGACGAAUCGAUUGGUGCAGGGGUUGUCGACGAUGACGACGAAAUUGAAGGGCUUCGCAACAGUUUGAAGGAAAUGGUGCAGGAUCAAGCCGUAAAACCAAAGCUACAGUGCGUCAUGAUGGACCCCUCCUUCUCCAUGGUUACUGUCCAGAGCGAGGACAGCAAGAUUGUGUGGGAAACGGCCUCCAGCAGAUGCUCCUCUCCCUGGGCCUCUGAUGCCAGCACUACCUCAGAGGCCUACAGCAUUCAGGGUUCUGGGACUGCAGGCAAAAUUAUCUUCAUCAUGGACGAGGACAAAAUAAUCAGGAGAAAGAAAAAGACCAGGGGUAAGCGGGGUGAGAAGUUUAAAAGGCUCUCUCCCAGACCCGUAACUCCAGAGCAACUGAAAGGUGCCGACGAAAGGCUGGCAAUGGCAGAGGUUUCUGUGCCUAAUGUAAGUCCUCAAGGUACAGCUGAAAGCGAAGAACCAAUGCGGCAGGAAGAACACAAGGAGAAAGACUUAUUCAAUAUAGUCUCUGAGGGCUCAGAGAUACUAAACAUCAUAGUUCCCUCAAGGCUCCCAACUGUGGACGAAGAGGAAAGUAGUGAAAUGGCAGAGAACCUGUCUUAUUUGGGGCAAACCGAAAUGGUAAAAUCAUAUCCAGUUAGUGAAGAAACAGAGACAGAGGCAGACAGUCAUGAGCUGAAUGUGUUGGCUGAGGCUAAGGGUGGAGAAGAAGAGCAGAGCUCUACGGACAAAGAACCUCUGGAACAAGAUGCAUCACACUGUCCUUCAGUCAGCAAACUAGUGACAAGCGAUGGAACCGGUGGCACAGAUUAUUUUGAGAAGUUCACAUUGCUGGAUGAGACCACUCCACCCGACCUGCCUCUUGAAAAGACGGAGAUCAAGCUUUCAAAUGCUAAUGAGGGAGCAGAGGCAACAGAAAAUCAAGAGCCGUCGGCCUCUAAAAACCCAGAGGCUCUCAGCCUCUCUGGUGAUAUUGCGGGCGCUCAUUUAGAUGACAUUUUUUAUGGUGGUGGCUGUCGUGAUGAACCAGACUGUUCAGCUGCUAAUCAAAAUCUUGCAGAAGGAGAAGAGGAACAUGGCACAAAGGAGGAAGAAGUGCCAAAAUCUCCUCUCAAGGAGAGUGGUUCAGCUUUGUUCGGUAGUGAAGAGAUGAUACUUACUCCAAUUUUCCUCUCGCCUGGGCCUCCAAAAAUUAUUGAUCCAUCCCUCCUAGAGGAGCCAAGAGCAAUGUCGUUCCUUUACACCGAUCUGUAUGAGGAAGCAAUGGGGGACAGGAAGAGGGGUGAGGAGUGCUCAGACGUAGAGAGCACAGUCUCUGAGAGAUCCUUGUGCAAACGGCUAUCCGAUGCAGAUGAUGCAAGUGGAUAUUUAGAAAAAUUUAUUUUAAAAGAUGAAACUCCACUGGUUAAGGAUGAACCCACAAAAGAAGGCAAUGAAGAGGGAAAAUUAAAAAUGUGGCCAGAAAGCACAUUGGAACUAAUGGGUUUCCUAACUGGCGUGAAAGAAGAGGCUAUGGAAGAAAAUACAAAGCCAGAUGAAGUAACUGAGAACUUUUUUGUUGCGCCAUAUGAAGAAAAUGAUGAAACAGUGACAUCAGAGAACACAAGAUUAGAGGAUGAAUUGUUUCAGCCCCCUGCUGAGGUUCAAGAAAGUAAACACAUUCAACAGGAAGCGGUGACCUGCCAUGAAAAAUCCAAAGAUAAACCUGAAGAAAUGGUAGUGGAACAGACAGACAGCCCAGAAAAUGAAACAAGCGCUGAGUAUAAGGAAUCAAAAUCUCUCGUGGAGAAAAUGACUGAAAACAAGGAGAACAAGGAAGAAGAUCUGUCUAAAUAUGUACCCUCCUCAACUGCAGUUGAUACAGGGCCCCAUGGGGCAGAAAUGUGUAUACAAAAGGCCCCGAUGCUCGAUAAAGUAGCAAAAACGGACAUUUCCCAAGCAGUAUCUGAAGACACUUCUGAGUCACAGCUACCUCAUGCUGCCUCUGUUGGUGCUACAGAUUUAUUUAUCAAAGGAAAGGAGAAAAUCCCUCAGAGGGAAGAGUCCAGUCCACAUCAAGGUCUUGACAACAGCAAAGGGACAGGCAUUCUGAAAAACACACAUGAAGAUAUAAUCUGUGUGGACAACAAGGAGGUACAAUGUGCUCUGGAAUCUACUGCCACCCAUAGACCGGUUGCGGAUUGUGAUAAGGUCUCAAAAACGGUUAAGCAAAAAGGGGAAAUGCUAAGCUUAUCACCUUUGCUCCCAGUAAUAACAGUUCAAGAAGAAAACGAGGAGAAAGUAGAGAAAGAUUCAGCUGAAAAAGAGAAAGUUCCAUCUUCACCCCUAGAGGAUCUGCCAGAGUGCUGUAAUGAGGCAUUUAUCACUGAGCCACCUGAGAUGUAUCGAGAUCAGGAUGACGGAAAUGUAGAGGCCACAGCUUAUGAGAUGAUAAACCAGCUAGAAGUCUGUGGGCCCCUAGAAACAGAGACAGAGGAAGUAAAGGAAAACAAAACAGGGGAACAGUCUGAACAUGGCUUUGACUCUGUGGAAGAGCCAACCAGAGAUUCAUCAUCCAAGGAGGCAGUUGAGGUAGACAAUGAAUGUGCUGAGGUUAUGGAUGAGACACCCUUGGAGGAAGAUAAACAAGAAAAUGAUUCCAAAAUGUCAAGAUUUAGAUUCUGCGUGGUGUGCCGAUGCAUAAUUUCAUCUUUAAAUACACCUUUUGGUGAACAUAAAGGCCAUGAUGUGUCAACACUGGAUAAGGCAUAUGAUGACAUAAAGGGAAAACUGAAUCAGUGGAUAUCAGUUUUACAAGGAAGGUCCGAAAAGAUUGAGGACUUGGUGUCUGAGUUGGAGCACGCAUACAAUUCAAUAGAGGACAACUGUAAAACCAACGCACAGUCGCUGGAUGAGCAGAAUGAGGAGAUGGUGAAGGCAGUGGUGGAGCAGUACAAUGAGAUGUUUCGCAGCAUGGCGGAGAAGAAGAGGCUCAGGCUGGAGCGGCUCGGAAUCCAGAUCGGAACGUUCCAGGAACGCAUCGAGUCUGCCAAGGAAGCUCUGGAAAGGGAGGCCAAGGAGGUGGAGAAGCCCGACCCGCUCUCCCUCGUAUCUUCUUCCAAAGACAUUAACAAAAGCCUGAGCAGAGCCCUGGAGUCCACUUUGUCUCUAGAGCCGGUGCUUGAGAACUACAGCAGAGGCCCUGAGGGCAGAGGACAGAAGGUUUUGAAAGACAUCCUGGUUCCACGAGAGCCAUACCUGCUGGUACAGGAGUCCAACUCAGCCACCUGUACCUCCAUCACCGUUUUCUGGAGGGUCAGCGAGGAGGAUGUCAUCGACUGCUUCCAGGUCAACUACGUAGAAGAAUCACACGAAGCUGUGUCAGAGGUGUGCAAAGUGACAGUGAAGGAGAGCUACUGCACUCUGGAGGAGCUGGCCCCAGACAAGUGCUACAGGGUGUGGGUGAUGGCACUGAACUAUGGCGGCUGCAGUUUGCCCAGUGAGAAACUGCCCUUCAGGACUGCUCCCUCUGUCCCAGAGAUCCUUCCGGAGCAGUGUACGGUGUGCUGGGACACGGCCAUCAUCCGCUGGAGCAGCUCCUGCCCGGCUGCAGCAGAGAGCUUCACCCUGGAGUACUGCCGACAGAACACCUGCGAGGGAGAGGGUCUCCGAUCCAUAUCUGGCAUAAGGAACAAUGAACAGAGCGUUCUCCUGCAGCCAAAUGAGAACUAUCUGUUCCACAUCAGAGCAGUGAACUUUGCUGGAGCCAGUGAGCGAAGUGAGGCCGCUUUGAUCUCUACCUCAGGCACCAGAUUCCAUUUGCUAAAGGACACAGCCAGUCCAGAGCUGGUGCUGUGCAAGGACAACAUGGUGCGCUACCCGGAGGAGGCUUUCAACAGAAGCACCACACCCAAUGUGUGUCAGGAAAUUCUGGGAGAGCUGCUCCCUCCUCGAGGAAUACACUACUGGGAGACGACGGUGGAGGGCGGCGAGGGCUAUAGGAUCGGUGUGGCCUAUCACACCACCCCACGGAAAGGCCAGCUGGGAGAGAACAGCACUUCCUGGUGCAUUCACUGCGUUCCCAUGUCAACCAGUCAGCGGUACGAGCUGCUCCAUAACAGCACACAGAUGUCCAUAAUCAUGGCGGAGGUGCCCGCCAGGAUCGGCACUCUCCUGGACUACCUUCACGGGUGUCUGUCCUUCUUCAAUGCCCGGAGUGGGCAACUCUUGGGGUCCUGCUACCACAGGUUCAGUGAGCCCUGCCAUCCUGUGCUGGUGCUGGAGAGACCGGGCACCUUGGCACUGCACCCAGUGACGGAGGUGCCCGACUUUGCCAAGUGCUGCUGAAUCUGCCCCCCCCCCCCCCCCUCACACUGUUCCAAAUGGGUGUUUCUCCAGGAACAGGGGUGUGGUUCUAUGUUUUCACAUCAGAUGAGAGAGUCUGCGAGUCUAUGUCCCUGGGCUCAUGAAGGCGUGCAGGGUUCAUGUUUUUGUUAUUCUUAUCAUGUGCUGUUUGAGCUGACGUGCCUGCACCCUGCUUUUCUGAGCAUGGACUUGCGUUAUGAGUGAGGUGUGGUUAUAUCACAGUCACUGUACAUGCCAUGCUCAUUUCCAUGACCUGAAUACAGUUGAAUGUGUAACAUUUUUAACCACUGUUUUUCUUUAUGAAGUGUACAUGUUCUGAGAGGGGUUUGUAAAUAAAAACAAUGCAAUUAUGUAUGUAAUGGAAAAAACUAGAAUAUCUUUAGGAUUUUUAAGAUGUAUUUUUUCAGUGUUAGGCAAAAUUGUUUAGGUGUUUACACAAAAGCUGUUUUUUCAUUGCGGAAUUGGUUUGAUUUCAACUUAUUUACAAGUUAAUUGCCAUUGUAAUGCAGAUAAUGAUGUAACUAUGAAAGCUGAGAACUGACCUCGGGACAUCACACUGGCCUGUUUAGUGGCAAGAGAUGAGAUGAUAUUGAUACCUGGCACAGUGUGAGUGUAAUGCAAGCCGUUUAUCAGACUUUUGACUCUGAGGUGUUGAAACUUCCUGGUGAUGAAAGCUUGGGAUAAGCGAGUGCCAGUGUUUUAUUUUGGCACGCUGGAAUGAAAUGUGCAAGUAUAUCCCCAUGAUGCUGAGCAUACAGUCACUUUAAGGGGUUCAGUGCCCCUGCCUCAGUUGAAUACUUUCAGUACAACUGAAAUGGAGUGAAAGUUAACAGGGAAAGCAGUUUUAGCUCAUUUUUAUUUCAAGUUUAAACUACUAACGCAUUUUAUAUUUUAAGUAAUGCAAAGAGCCUUUCAGUUAAAGUGAACACUAGCUGGGGAGGUUGACUUACCUACCUUACCUGGGAAAGUUGACAUACAUCAUUGGUAGGUUUAUUCUGUGUGUACUUGCGUGUACUUACAUAUUAAAUAUUGUAAAAUGCAUUUAAUUUUUAUUUAUUUAUUGGACUUAAAAAAAAAAUAUAUUUCAGAAAGAUACUUUCUUAUGUUCCAGAACGCACACAUAUACACACAAGGGGAAGUGGGGAAAUUGCUAAUGGUAUUUUAAGUGUAGUAUCUUUUCAAGUUCUGGGUUAUAGAUUGUUUUAUAUGGUGCUCAGGUUUUGUUUUUGUUUGUUGUGGUGUAAUGUAAUGUACAGAACCUGAGAGUGUUACACAUUUAGUUACACCAUUUUUGUGCAAAGAUAUCUGAGGUUAUAGAUAUGCAUCAAAUGAUAUUAAUCAUGAUAUUUUAAGGAAAAUAGAUAAAAGAAAUAUCAUUUUGGGCCUACAUUGGUCACUUAUAUAUUUACAAGCUGAUUGGAUUACUGUCUAAGACUUUAAUUGUUCCCCAAACAAAACAUUAAAGCAUGUGUUAUAAAACAA